AUUGCAUUUGUUUAUGUUGUGUUAUAAAUUUAUUUUUCUCGUUUAUGAUUAUGAAUGUUGACAAUUAGGGUCAUUGGUCAACAACCAAGUGCGUCAUAAAAAUUUAAAAUUUAAAGAUGAUAUUAUUGUCGYGAAUAAACGUUACGUUUUUUUAUGUUUAGCAACUUGCUAUUGAACAUUAUUACAAUAACAAUAAUUAUCAGYGCCUCCUAGUUAUCACCGAGGAGUAUCAGACAUAAUUUACAAUUACAUAGUGUUCGAUAGGUCGAUACUCAACUACAGUUCAACACAUUGAGUUCAUCGACAUCUUGAUAAUAAAUAAUAAUAUUAUUAUCUUAAUUAUUAUUACAGAAGAUCGUGGAAUGAGCCAGCUGUUGCCCGCAGUCCGUGUAGUACUGUAGACAGUUACCAGUCACCAGACAUCAGUUACGCGAUCGCGAUUAUUGCAUAGGUUACUCAUCUCUUGUUGAAGUUGUGAGCGAUUUGAACAUCUCAUAACAUGGAAAACAGUAACAAGAGACCUUUAGAAGAUGGAUGUCAAUAUUUACACACUGAAACAAAGAAAUCUAAAACAUCUCCGAUUACAAAAACUAUAUCACUACCUAAAUCCUCAAAGGAUAUUGUUGGUUUUCAAGAUUUAUCGGAUGAUGUUAUUAUGUAUUUAUUUCAAUAUCUAUCACAUGAUAAUCUUGCGAAAAUGGCAUUAGUAUGCCCUAACUUGUUAAGAAUUAGUCAUGAUUGGACUCUUUGGAAAAAACCAAAAUUUGAGAAGUUUGAAAAAUACAUGGAAGAUGUAUACUUGAGCUACUUAAAAGAAGAUACCACUGAAUUGUCUAUAACAUGUAAUGAUGCUCCAAGUUCUGAUUAUUCAACUACUCACACAUUUUUAAUACAAUUAGAAACAAAAUGCCCAAAAUUACAACAUUUAACUUUAAAAAAUCAAGUAUUUGAUGCCAGUGAAAUAAGUGUAAAGAUUUUGCAUCGAAAAUUAAAAACGCUGACAAUUGAUAAUACAACUAUUGAAAACAUUCCGGACAGCUCUUCAUAUUUAUGUGGUAUAAACAAUGCUUGCCCAGAGCUGGAGCGAAUUAUAAUGACGAACAACGAUUGGUUUUUACCAAAUUGUUUAUAUGCAUUGGCUAAGCUGGAACGCUUAAACUAUUUAAGUCUUGCAGGUUGCAAACAGUUUAAGGACUGUAUACCAUAUGCAAGUAUUACUGCUAUAACUGGAUUCAAAUCAUUACACGUUAGUAAUAUAAAUUAAAAUAUAACAAACUUCAAAAAAUAGAUAAUUAUUUUUUUAAUAACAAUAACUCAGGUUACACCUGAAAUGAUAAGAAUGUGUGUGGUGUUUCUACAUUUUUACUAGAAAUACAAAUUUAGUUAGUAUAAAAAUAUUUUUGAUAUUUGUGAUAAUAUUAAAUAUCAGUAUCAAUGUAUUAGUUAUUUG